UGGCUUGGUGGGAUGCUGCGGUGGUCCAGUGGUCGUUCCGCGCCAGGUGGGACUGGAGUUUGCAGUUCCUGAGCUUCGUCCCCUCCCCGCCCCACGCGCCGGCCGGGAUCGCUCUCUGCCGGACCCGGUGCAGACGGGAGCAGAGGGCGGAGUUGGGCGCGAGGCGCGGUUGUCGGUACCUACCUAUGCCAUCUCUCAGGUCCCACGUGAUCCGAGUGACGCUCUCCGCAGAGCUCAAGAGGGAAGAAGCCCUUCGAGGGCUCCGUGGACGACUAACUGCGAACCAGAGAAGAGCGGAACCUUAGGGACCUUGAAGAGGCGGUGAUUGUGGAGAUGGAUUUGGUUGAAGUGCCCCAGAAAAGAGCUCUGUCUUCCCAGGAUUCUCUUCUUUCCCAAGAGAAGAGUGCCGAAGGAGAAAUGGCCGCCCUGAGACUCACAGCCAAGUCCCAGGAGACCGUGACAUUCAAGGAUGUGGCCAUGGACUUGACACCAGAGGAAUGGGGACAACUGGAUCCUGCACACAGGGACGUGAUGCUGGAGAACUACAGGAGCCUGGUCUCACUUUGGCUUCCCAUUUCCAAACCUGAGGACUAUAAUUUGGACGCUGGAAAAGAACUACUGGAGCUUGAGGAAAACCCUCCCAAAUGCAGUUACUCAGAUGUGGAAACUAGACCUGAGAGACCUGAGAGCGAGGAUUCAACUUCAGUGCAAGACUUUUCCACAGAAGACACAUACCAGGUUACAAGAGCAGAAAAACUGACAGAAAAUGCUGUGUAUGACUCCAGCUUGGAAACAGCUCACAAUUGUGAGCAUUGGUUAGAGCAUCAGCAAGGAAAUCAGGAAAAGCACUUAAGACAAAUGCUCCCUCACAUGAACUCCCUCCCUGUGGAAAAAGAUAGUGAACAUGAUAUAUAUUGGGACAAUUGCAAUCAGAAACCACUCCUUAUGACUGAUGAGAGAGUUCCCAAAGGAUCCUAUGACUUUCAUACACUUGGGAAAAGAUUGAAGCAGAAAUCAAACUUAAUGAAAAAGCAGAGACGUUAUAAAGAGAAAAAACCUCAUAAAUGUGAUGACUGUGGUGAACUCUUCACUUACCAUUCAGUGCUUAUUCGACACCAGCGAGUCCAUACUGGAGAGAAACCCUAUACCUGCAGUGAAUGUGGGAAAUCCUUCAGCCACAGAGCCAAUUUAACUAAACACCAGAGAACUCAUACUAGAAUUCUCUUCGAGUGUAGUGAAUGCAAGAAAACCUUCAUAGAAAGUUCAUCCCUUGCUAUACAUCAAAGAAUUCACAUUGGAGAGAGACCUUAUGAAUGCAGUGAGUGUGGGAAAGGUUUUAACCGAAGUACACAUCUUGCACAGCAUCAGUUGAUUCAUACUGGGGUGAAGCCUUAUGAAUGUAAUGAAUGUGAUAAAGCUUUCAUUCACUCAUCAGCACUCAUUAAACAUCAACGAACUCAUACUGGAGAGAAACCCUAUAAAUGUCAGGAAUGUGGGAAGGCCUUUAGCCAUUGCUCAUCCCUUACUAAGCACCAGAGAGUUCAUACCGGAGAAAAGCCAUAUGAGUGUAGCGAAUGUGGAAAAACUUUUAGUCAGAGCACACACCUUGUUCAGCACCAGAGAAUUCACACUGGAGAAAAGCCUUAUGAAUGUAAUGAAUGUGGGAAAACAUUUAGCCGGAGCUCAAAUUUUGCUAAACAUCAAAGAAUUCAUAUUGGAAAGAAACCCUACAAGUGUGGUGAGUGUGGUAAAGCCUUCAUCCAUUCAUCAGCGCUUAUUCAACACCAGAGAACUCAUACUGGAGAGAAACCUUUUAGAUGUAAUGACUGUGGGAAGAGCUUUAAAUGCAGCUCAUCCCUCAUCCGACAUCAAAGAGUUCACACUGAAGAGCAACCCUGAAAACGUACUGAGUAUUAAGAAAUGGAAGUUGGCUUUAUCACUGUGUUUAAUAUUUGAAUGUUUAAAUAGAAGGUACCUAAUGGGACCCUCAAGAGCAUUUGUAUAUGUAUAUGAUUUCACUUGUCUGGUGUAUAACUUUGAACAACAGGUAAUGAAAACCUCUG